AUGGCCGAAGAUAUCACACCCGAUAGGAGCACUGUGCAGGUGCUACGAGACAUGGCUAACCGCUUACGGAUCCAUUCCAUCAGGGCCACGUGUGCCUCCAGCUCCGGUCACCCCACGUCUUGCUGCAGUGCAGCAGAAAUCAUGUCAGUGUUGUUCUUCCACACAAUGAGGUAUAAACAGUCAGACCCAGAACAUCCGGACAAUGACCGAUUUGUCCUCUCAAAGGGACAUGCUGCUCCAAUCCUUUAUGCCGCUUGGGCAGAAGCUGGUGACAUCAGAGAAUCUGACCUGCUGAGCUUGAGAAAAAUUGACUGUGACCUGGAGGGGCAUCCCACCCCUAGACUGUCGUUUGUUGAUGUGGCAACAGGAUCGCUUGGGCAAGGACUAGGUGCUGCCUGUGGAAUGGCUUAUACUGGCAAGUAUUUUGACAAGGCCAGCUACCGAGUAUUCUGCCUGCUGGGAGAUGGCGAAUGCUCAGAAGGCUCGGUCUGGGAGGCGUUAUCAUUUGCUUCCCACUAUAGUUUGGACAAUCUUGUAGCAAUCUUUGAUGUGAACCGUUUGGGACAAAGUGGUGUUGCACCACUUGAGCACUGCACAGAUGUGUAUCAGAGACGCUGUGAAGCCUUUGGGUGGAAUACUCACUUAGUGGAUGGCCAUGAUGUGGAGGCCUUGUGCCAGGCAUUUUGGGAAGCAACUCAAGUGAAGAACAAGCCCACUGCUAUAAUUGCCAAGACCUUCAAGGGCCGAGGUAUUCCAAAUGUUGAGAAUGCAGAAAAUUGGCAUGGAAAGCCAAUGCCAAAAGAAAGAGCAGAUGCAAUUAUCAAAUUAAUUGAGAGCCAGAUACAGACCAACAAGAGUCUCAUACCGAAACCCCCUGUUGAAGACUCACCUGAAAUCAGCAUCACAGAUAUAAAAAUGGCCUCUCCACCUGCUUAUAAAGUAGGUGACAAGGUAGCUACUCGAAAAGCAUAUGGUUUGGGUCUGGCUAAACUGGGCCAUGCAAAUGGAAGAGUUAUUGUACUGGAUGGUGACACAAAGAACUCGACCUUUUCUGAGUUAUUCAAGAAAGAACACCCUGAGAGGUUCAUUGAAUGUUUUAUUGCUGAGCAAAACAUGGUAAGUGUGGCACUGGGGUGUGCCGCCCAUGGUCGAACCAUUGCUUUUGCUAGUACCUUCGCUGCCUUUUUGACCCGAGCGUUUGAUCAGAUCCGGAUGGGAGCCAUUUCCCAAGCCAACAUUAACCUUGCUGGUUCCCACUGUGGGAUAUCCACUGAUGAAGAUGGACCCUCCCAGAUGGCCCUGGAGGAUCUAGCUAUGUUCCGGAGCAUUCCCAAUUGCACUGUUUUCUAUCCAAGUGAUGCUGUCUCUACAGAGCACGCUGUUUGUCUGGCUGCCAAUACCAAGGGAAUGUGCUUCAUUCGGACCAGCCAACUAGAAACUGCAGUUAUUUAUUCCCCACAGGAAAACUUUAAGAUUGGAGAGGCCAAGGUUGUCCGCCGUGGUGUCAAUGACAGGGUCACAGUUAUCGGAGCUGGAGUUACUCUACAUGAAGCAUUAGCAGCUGCUGAUGAACUUUCUAAGCAAGGUAUUUCUAUCCGUGUCAUCGACCCAUUUACCAUUAAACCCCUGGAUGGUGUCACCAUCAUCUCCAAUGCAAAAGCCACAGGCAACCAGGUUAUCACUGUGGAGGAUCACUACCCAGAAGGUGGCAUUGGGGAAGCUGUAUGUGCAGCUGUCUCUGGGGAACCUGACAUCCUUGUUCAUCAGCUGGCAGUGUCAGGAAUGCCUCGAAGUGGGAAACCUAGUGAAUUGUUGGAUGUGUUUGGAAUCAGUUCCAAACACAUCAUAGCGGCAGUGAAAUAUACUUUAAUGAACUAAAACAGCUGAUUUCUUACAAAGCCAUCUUGUAAGACUUUGGUCUUGA